AUGGAAGCUUCAUUUAAUGUAGAAAAAAUCACUGCUGAUGAUAUCAAUAUAGAUAGUAUGAAGGGUAUUGAGGAUAUCGUAAACAUCUCAUUGGAUAUACUCACUAUUUUUACUCAAAGUAAUAAUAUGCAACUAGCUCAUACCUUUACCUCUAACAGUGAUACUUAUAUUAUACAACUAGCUUGCAAUAGAUUCUUAAAAAUAUUUGCCUUAAAUAUAUUAAAAUACCGCCUAGAAGAUAUUCUUCAUGAAAAUCAGAUUUUUCAAGAUCUGCCUAAAUUGCUCGUUAUAAAUGUUUGUAGUGACAUUAUUCAUCAAACUUGCGUGAAUAAAGUAGAUAAUCAUAGUGCUUUACCCUGCUCAUGUGGUGUGGUUGAUGGUAAUAAUCUAUUAUAA